GUGAAACAAACGCACAUCGCGUGUAGAUAGAUGAGUAAAGACGUGUAGAGGAUGGUGAUAAACUGACUCGCUUUUCCGAUUUAAACUAACUCGCUAGCGAGCUAUGCUUGCCGCGGUUUAUUAUGAGCGGAGGUCGCUUUGACUUUGAAGAUGGUGGAACUUACUGCGGAGAAUGGAAAACCAGCAAGGCACAUGGAUAUGGCAUCUGUACCGGACCAAAAGGACAAGCUCGUUACGAAGGCUCUUGGAACAACGGCUUCGAACUCAGCGGAGUUUAUGUUUGGCCUAACGGCCAUCGCUUUGAGGGUGAAUGGCUCGAUGGACGCAGACACGGACUUGGCGUUGAAUAUCGAGGAAAAUGGACUUACCAAGGCGAGUGGGAAGAAGGUUUUAAAGCGCGUUACGGUGUGCAGAAGUCGCAAAGCGGGGCGCGCUAUGAGGGAAGUUGGACGUCUGGACUACAAGAAGGUUAUGGAAUCGAGGUUUACGCUGAUGAAGGAUAUUACUAUGGGCAGUGGAAAACAGGAAUGCGUUCUGGAUAUGGUAUCCGACAUGGAGAGGUUAAGCAAGAAAGCAGCAGUACAAAGCAUUAUAGACGUUGUAUCUCUAGACAGUCGACUGUGGAUAAUUUUAAAUCUAAUGGUGUUCUACCUAACAGUAGUCAGAACAGUAGAACAUUUGCACGUCACCGCAAGACACCCUCACAAACUUCUGAAACGCAGUCACAUUCUCCCAGAUCAGCAAGUGAUCCAGAGAAUGCCAGUCAAAAUGGAUCAUUGAAUAGUACGAUGGGAAGUGGCUCAGCUCAGUCCUACACAAUGGAAACUGUGGAUUCAAAUGGACAAAUUGAAAGGGCAAACAGUCGCUUGAUAGAGACAUAUAGAGGUGAGUGGAAGAAUGACAAGAGGCAUGGAUUGGGUAUUGUGUAUGAUACUGACGGGUUCAGCUACAUGGGCGAAUGGAGUGAAAACAUGCGCCAUGGUUUGGGUGUGGCCACCUUUCCAAAUGAAACGAAACUGGAAGGAGAGUGGAAAAACGACGAGUUAGUUACAGACAAUAAAAAGAAGGGUCCAUUAGUUUCUCUUGUGACAAGAUUUAAACAAAGACUGAGAGUAAUUUGUGAGGGAGCACAAGAUGCUGCAGAAACAGCUGAUCAGAAAUCACAGAUUGCACUGUCAAGAGCUGCGGCAUCACGAGAUAAAGCUGGAGAUGCAGUUGGUGCUGCAGAGAAUGCUGUUUCAGCAGCAGCAAUAGCUCAGAAGCGGGUCCGUGCUAUCAUGUCUAAGAUGAAUGACAAAACUUAGAAUGUAAGAUGGCAUUUAGAUGUGUUGGAAUAUUUUCAGGCAGUUUUACUAUAGAGAUGUCUUAAGCACCUCACUCAUGGUUCACAGCUGCUUCAUCAUUGUGCUUAACCACAGCAUUAGCAAUAUGCCGACACACAAAGUUGGCUUACAUGACAAUCCCCAUUCAAGUGCUUAAACUCACUGAAGUCUGCUCACCUAGCAUGGUUGAAGGCUGGAAACAGUCAGUCAGCAGUGUCCGGAUACAUGUAACACCAUGUUGUUAUGCAACUCAAGAGCCAGCAAAGCUUUUAUGCAAAUAUAUACAGCUUAGCUACAUGUAGUAAGUCAUAAUAUUAUCUAAUAUUGUAACAGUUGCAAAUUCAAGUAGGCUUGUAAAUGUACAGUAUAUACGGACUUCAUUGAGAAGUUCAUAAUUUGUGGAAUUGUCUGGUGGAUUUGAGGUAAAAUGAUACUCAGGAUUAUUGGUAGAAUUGACAUUGAUUAAUGUUGCAAUUUUGCACCAUGGCAGGAAAAUUGUUCUCUGUAGCUGUCAAUGUAUUAAAGAUGGGGACCAUAACGAUGCAGCAAUUAAGACAUUUGAGCUUUUUCCACUUGGAUCUUCUCCAAAGCUUUUGGUUUUAAAAAUUUUGUCUUUUAAUUAUGACCCCUUGUUAUAACUUUUGGUUGCCUAGUAAAUUAAAGAAUAUUUGAUUCAGAAUUAAUUGAAAUUUUUUAAAUUCAGGUAUGAAGAUCUGAAAGUAAAACAUAUUAGACCUAAAACUUCACGUUUGGUUUACAAUUCAUAUUUACUUUGGUGUACAAUAUACCUUUUGUUCAGUUUAGGAACAGUAUUUUGUAAGUGAAAUAAUUUUUUAAAUCAUUGUAGUUGAGUAUAGCGUUUAAAGAAUGUCUGAAAUGAGAGGUAAAUUCAUAGUCCAAGUAUAUGUUGGGCAUAUUGCAGAAGAUUUGUCAUGUACCAUCUUGAAAAAUUGUAAUUUGCUGUUCACGUUAAGCAUCCCCAUCAAUUGAGUAGUGUUCUUUUCUUUGUUGUUGUUGUUUUUUUAAUAUUUUGCACUUUUUUUCAAUUUCUGAUGGCUUCGUAAUAUGCAAUUGAAAAAAUUGAAAUGUUUUGACUGACUUAGCUACUUACAGGGUAAAUGGUUCCUCAGCAGAAUAUUUUGUUUGUUUUUCUUUAUACCAGAAAUGUGUUGACAAUAUGAAAGUGUGGGCACAAUGAGAACAGUAGUAGUAUGGUGUUAUUGAGUGAAUUCAUCAUAUAAUUUGUAAAUUUUCCUUUUUAGAAUACCUUUAGCAAUGCCCCUUAGUGAUCAACUGGCAUUUGAAUGUACUCAGGUGCUUCUUUUAGGCCAAAAGAAAUAUGCCUAAGCUAGCAUAAUUUAUUUCUAUAUGUGUUACAUUGAUUUGCUUUUUUACCAAAAAAAUUUAAGGGCAAAACUUUAUUCCUUUAUUUCUGUAUUGUUAAUUAGAAUGCUUUUUUUUUUACCAUGGUGAGUUUUCAUUUGUCAAAGACUAAUGCAGCUAUUGAACAUUGGUUAAAGUUGUUGAAGCAAACUUUUGUGAAGGCGUCUGGUUCAGGAAGACAAACAAAAAGUGUGGUUAACUGAUUUUACACUAAAUGAGGUGUCAAAUUGUUCUUGUCAACCUGUGAUUGACCUGUUUUACAAUGAACAAAGUUACUGAUUUUCAGUCUAAUUGCUCUCUUAGGUACCUGUUGAUCAGUAAUUUUUUUUUUUAAAUCAUUGCCUUUGUAUGGAAUACCUAAUAGUUUAUCUAGUUUUAAAAACCUCAUAUGACCUAAACCCAGCAGCUAUGCAUUAGAUUAAGUAAACAUUUUCUUUGUUCAGUGCAUUUCUUGGAACUUAACCCUUGUACUCCUAAGAUCUUACUAAUAACUCUUCUUACUGUCUACCAUACAAUCCUUGUGAUGUUAGAUUGGAGAAUUUGGUGUUGGAUCAACUAAUAAUCUCCUGGUUGAUAUUUGUGUUUAUUCUCAUCACUUGUAUGCAUGAUAUUGUAUUGAUAUUGUGAGGAGAAAUUAUUUCUUGGUCACUCACAGGAGUCAAAGGGUUAACAGUGCUAAAGGGCUUACAAUUUAAUGCAACUUUCUUGUGUAAUAAGGAAUGCGUGGCAAACCCAAAGGAAUUUCAUAGAAUGCGUGUAAUGCUUAUUUUAGAAUUCUUAAAAUUAAUUUUUGGAGCUUUUUAAAAGCUGAGGCUGGGUGCGAUUUUGACAAAUACCCUAGUAAGGCGGAUUGUUAGCAGAGAGGAUAUCUGGGGAAAAUUAAUUUUGCAGAAUGGCAGAAUGUUUUGCUAUGUUAGAGAACUGUUGCCAGUGAUUUGGUUUAACCAGUUGUAAAUGCAUACACUAUGUAGUGUCCUUGAGGUUAAAACUAGUUAUUUUAGUAUAGAUUAGUGAAGAAGACGCCAACUAAUGGAAGUAAAAUGGAUUUAUUUUUGUAUCCAUUAGCUGUAAAUUAGAAAAUGAAGGGAAUAAAGUAUUUUUAUAGAGACAAAUGAA